AUGCAAGAUUUUAUUUUAUCAAUCAUUUUCCAAUGCACUCAUAUCUAUCUGAUUAAGUUACCAUUGUUAAUCCUGACGUUACUGUGGAGAAGUUUAAUCCACUUUAUCAAAGAGUUUCUUUUCCAUAAGACUAAUGGAUUCUGCCUGGAAUUAGACGCCGAGACAACUUUGAGAAAGAAUGAUGGACGAUACAAAUUAUCUAAUUUAAAUUAUUCCAAUCUGCUUCCGCUCAUCUUUAUCCUAGCAUUGAGAUAUUCUUCCAGGUCCACAUCCCAUCUUGUUGAGAAGGAUGUGGUUCCAAUGACAUUUUCUACUUUAAAGGAAACAAGACUUCCAGGUCAAUAUGCCAUCAAUAUGCAAAACAAUGUUCCAGAAAUGCCAAUUGAGAAGAAAAAAGCUAUAUUAAGAAUGAAUGAGUUACAAAUUUCUGAUUCAUGGAGAAAUAGUUCCGUUGGUUUGCCAAGAAAUUUCAUUGCUCAUAAUACAACCCCCAAAAUUGCACCGGUUCUUCUAUGGAAGGAGAAGGAUUUAUAUCGUUAA